CUGCAAAAGAAGGAAAGCUAUCUCUUGGUGUUUGCUCAUUCAAUUGACUGAUGGAUGGACCUGUUGAUGAACCUGUCGUCGCCAUUUAGGGGAGGUUUGACGAUAGUAUGCGGGGAAAGGAAGGAAGCCAAGCUCUUGUUUUGGCUCAUUUUGAGUGGUUGGUGAACCUGUUGAUGGGGAGGUUUGUCUCCAUUCUCCUGCUGUUUGCUCAUUUACAGUAAUUGAUUGAUGGGCCUGCCGCUUGUUACGUCGGCACAAACAAGCAAGUGGACCAACCAGUAGCUCGUCGGCGACACUGUCAACUAUCGUCGUUGUCGUCAUCAUAAUUGACGGUCAAGUUCCGUUAUCAUCAUCAGCAGUCUGAUGUGGAUGUUGCGUCUCGAUCGAUCAAUCGAUCAGUACUAUAUAGAGAAGGAAUAUGUGUUGGCGGGUAGCGAUAUAGACAAAUAGGUAGGGUGGCAGAGAGAGAAAUAGAUAGAUAGGUAGACAUGUAGGUAGAUAGAUAGAUAGAUAGAUAGAUAGAUAGAUAGAUAGAUAGAUAGAUAGAUGGAUAGGUAGUAGAUUAGCCGAUGGAGAUGGUUAGGUAAAGGUGUAGGGAUUCCAUAGGAAAUGUGGCCGUCAUAGGGAAUGGGAGAUAUGAAGCAGAUGGAAGUAGAACGGGAGGGCGACAAGCGGCGAGCUCUGACCCAAGUCCGAAGGACUCCUUGCCUCUCAGACGGAACUUGCACGAUAUGAUGGUGGCAGAGGCUUGUAAUUGGAGGAAGCUGAUCCGUAACGCGAAUAAGCUGGGAAUGGUCACGAAGCGUACAGUGGAUGGAUGUGCUAUAUUCGCGGGUGAUCUACGGCGGGCAACGUUGCUGAAACGCGAACACGGAAAAAGAUACGGAAAGAACAGGCAAAGGAUGUGCAUCUGUGUGUGUGUGUGUGCGGUGGGGUGAGGUGGACGGUCACAAUUAACAAGAGAAGAGAGAAGACGAGGGAGCUGGGAUGGGAGUAUAUGACCAUGAGAGGAAGUGGGUGCGGAGUCGGCAAGAAUUGAACCGGGAAGGGAUUAUACUACCUUCUUCACACGAAUACAACGUACGGUCAUUAUAGCUGUAUUUGGCGUAUCUUUCCGUGUGAAUACAACAAUAAUGACCGUACGUUGUAUUCGGCUGAAGGACGUAGACCCGGCAUUUCGAGUGAGUGGUGGAGAAAGCGGUAUCGCCUCCGUUUGUCAUGUUCAGUUGUUGUCUUCAGCCCGUUGCAACGCCGCCUCCUCGUCGUCUUCCUGUCUCUGCUUCCUCGUUUUUCUUCGUCUCCUUCCUCUUCGAUCGACCCUCGCGAUGGCCGCCGUUUCCCUUCCGUGCAUCGUUUCUACCCCUUUACCCAUCAAUGCCUGGGGGGUUUGUCCCUUUGAUUUGGUCAUUUAGGGCGCCAAUCUAACGGUCUAUUUUUUGAAUUUUGUUUUUCGCUGGGCGUACCGCCGUGUAGAGAUUACAGGACGGUAGAGUGGCGGUGCAGAGGACGAGGGUGGUUGGGUUGGGUUGGGUACACCGUGUCGCCGCGGGAUCUCCGUGCUCUGGGGUCGGGUAAAGUGUUCAUCUUGGGCCUUGCCCCAGCCCACUUGUAGCCUUACGCCUAGGCGUUUGCCUCCUUACCUAGCCCCGAGUUGUGUGUUCAAGUCACUGUACUCGUCAUGCAUGCAGGUGCUUUGUCAGCAAGGAUAGUUUCCGUUUCGGUUUCGUUAAAACGGCACACGCUACGUCGGAAUGGACCGCCGAUCUUGUCUCUCGGUGAGAACGGGUGGUUUGUCCUGGGACAAGGCCACAUCCAACCAAGACGGCGUGCUGAAGUUUCAGGAUCGGAUGUGCGAUCUCUUCACUUGUAAUUGUCAUUCCUUCGUCGCCACCUGUCUCAACCGAAUGGCAUAUUUUUCGAGGCUGUGUGCGGUGGAGUAUUGUGGAUUUGGUGUUUCUUGUCGUUUUCAAGAUUCGGUGGGUUAACGCUGGAACGGCUUUGUAGACCUUUUUGCCGUGGUUGGUUUGUCGUCCUGUCGAUCGGCUUGUAUUUUACUAUUUUGGCCGUUGGAUAUUUCUUUUGUACUGGCGAGAUCCUCGGCAGCAUUGCUCGGUGGGUUCCGUGGGGGAACUUACUGUAUCUCUGGAGACGACUGAUUGUUGUGCCUUCUGCCUAACUCAGUGGUCGACGACGGGAGCAGUGUAUGGUCGCAGUUGGUUGUCAGCCUGGCUCGUCAUGCACUUCACCCUCCUCCCUUUUCGUCUUCUACUCCUGUCUUCUAGCUGAGUCCCUUGAGUAAGCUGAGUCCCUUGAGUAGUAUAUAGGAGGUUCUUUUUCUGGACAAGUUCGCAUUCAAGUGAAGUAAUAAAGAAUUGGGAUGCUC